AUGAAUGCCGAAGAUGACAAGAGAAUAACGGUCGAGACAGAAACUGUGCAGACACCAGCACAGAACCUUUUACCAGUUCAACCGGAGGAGAAGGCCGACGAUGAGGCUUCCAGCGUCCAAGGUGAACAAUCCGCGAACCUCAUCGAUCACAAUCCGCUCUCGCUGCACAACAGCAGUGGGGCUAUACGCAACAAGAAGUCUAACUUGUUUAUGGACUCGUUUCUGGGCAAGGAGCCCUCGCCGUCAGUGGCUUCAGCCGCUACGCAUACCGGUGUGCUCAAUAAGCCGCUAGUGUUGUCCGGGGCUACCACGCCGAAUCAACCGUUCAAAAGUCCCACGGAAGAAAUGGCGCUUCCGAUUCGCUCCUCUGCUACAGAUGAGCGCAAAGCUGAGGACAAAAGGGGCAGUCCUGGCGCGCUGGUACCGAGCUCCGGCGAGCACGCCAACGAGGACUCGUCCCGCAACAAGAAUCGCGAUCCUCCCAAGAAAUCCGACUUUUUCGCCGCCCGGCUCGCGUCCGCUGUCGGGGAAAACGAGAUCAGCGACUCGGAAGAAACGUUUGUAUAUGAAUCUGCAGCCAAUUCCAACCAGGCCGCUGCUCCCGGAGAACCCCGAAGCCACGGCGUGGUCUCUAAGAUGAGUGCCCCCGCCCUGAACCAUAGUGCAUCCAACAACACAAAUGCCAAGCUGCUGAAUCGGGCGAAGGCCAAGCGCCACACUAGCAUUGCAGCAAUCCCGCCACCAUUAUCGGAACACUCCGAAACCGACGCGCACAGCCUGCGAUUUGUAAAUCGCAAUAACCCCCAGGAAAUCCGGUCUGUACGAUCCUAUAAAACCAUGCCACAGUCACCGGGGAAAAGACUCUCUCUCAUAUCGCUCGCUCAAAAUGGUGGACCUUCGGUUCCGCGGCGUACCUCACGCAAAGUUUCCAGCAAUUCCAACCCCAACAACGUGAGGCGUAAGGCUUCUCAAAAGCGACAACUAAGAACGACGGCCUCCAAAAUAUUUGACGCUCAUGGAGCUUCCCUUCGACGGUAUUCAGGAGUUCCUGAUGACGUUAACUUGGAAGAUUACAUCGAACAAACUGGUGGAGAGUUAACGCCCAAUAAGUUUGCAUACAACACCGAAUCUGAAUACGAGGAUGAUCCCGUGAGUUAUAUCCACCAGGGGGACGAUGAAGAAGACACACAUUCGAUGUUUUAUUACCAGCAUCCCAAGAACGAUGGCGAGGCGCGAAACGGUUUGUCAGACUAUGACGAAGAGGAAGAAGAGGAGUUGGAUGGCGAGGAAGAGCGCCAGGGAUAUGGGACGACCGAUCCCUUGGGCUAUCCUCCGCCAGUAGAUUAUUAUGAUGACAAUUAUUUUUAUCGUCCGACAGAGGCCUCGCCUUUGAAAAGGAGAGGAUCACAUUAUACUGGUUACUCUCCUCAUAAUUUUUACACUACGAAGACGACUUGGGUACGCUUCAGGAACUUUAUUUAUUUUGCAUUCGUCGUCUCGUUUCUACUGACAUUGGGAUUCAUCUCGGGGUUUUUGCUUGCCACCAACAAAGAGCUACACGACCUUGAGCUCUCGAAGUUAACGUCAAUUUUGGUAAGCACGGAUGAGUUGGUAUUUGAUGUUAUAGCCACAGCGUUCAAUCCCGGCUUCUUUACAGUCGAAAUUCAGAAGGUAGAACUGGAUAUCUUUGCCAAAACGUCUCAUUUGGGAAUGGAAGGCGACCCCUCAGGCACACCGUAUCAAACAAUAUUACUGGGAACUGUUCAAAACAUGGAAACGUCUUUGCAAUUCCAAGGUGGAUUUUUUAGGAGGAAUUACGACCUAUCCAGAGCUAGUGUUAAACUAAUCAAGCCAGGGAGCGGUGAAAACUCGGAUAGGCAGGACACAUCCGGAACUUGGAGUCAGCUGGAGGUUGAAAACGGACCGGAAAAAUGGCGGCAAUUGAUUCGUUAUGAAUUCGAUUUGAUUGUACGCGGGAAUAUGUACUACAAAAUGGCAUUUUUGAACAGCGAGAAAAGCAUAGGCGUACAAUGUACCACCACGGUUGACCCGGAUGGUGAAAGUGACAGUCGGGCAAUAUUACCGGCAGAGCUGGACUUCGUGUAA